AUGUGUGCAUACUUCGAUCUGCCAUGCGCUGGAUACAAGAAGGAUGUAUUCUUUGACAGUAAAAAUCCAGACAGUCAAAUUCGCUUUCGCCGACCUCUUUUGACUGAGGAAGAGCGACAACGAAUGAGUGAAUGGCUGGUAUCAACUGCCCCACCAAAGUCAACAGCCAGAUUACUCUCGCUCAUCGAUGAAGAGAGUGAAAAACGUUCCUCGGGAUCAGAUGAAAUGGGACUUGUAUUUGGUCCCUUUGGAGUUUUCAAAGUGCGGCAAGGUCAAGAUGAGUGUUCAUCACCCCUGGCAAGUGAAUCCCUCCCACCGGUAGAGGAAUCUGAAGAUACUACUACAAGUAGCCCUCCGCAAAACAUCUCCCAAAUUUUGGAAACAAUUCCGAUAGCUUCGAACUUUGCUCAGUGGUCUCCCGAGUUCAUGCAAUCACUUCUUGAACAGCCUGAUCAAGAUCUCAGUCCAACAACUCCAAACUUGCUUGACAUGAUAAUGGAUCAAAGUCAUUUGGAAACUCCUAGUAUGACAAUGCCGCCACACGACUAUCAGCUCACUACAUUUAUCCCGACCACAUAUUCUCCAGUUUCCUCCUUAACCUCCUCUAACAUUACCAAGUCCAUUCCCCAGGAUGCCGUUUUCCUUCUAAAACAUUACUCGUCAACAGUCAUAAGUCUCAUGACCCCAGUACGGCACAAGAAGACACCCUGGCAUAUCCUAUUUAUUCCACAUAUUAAGGACUGUCUCGCAGCCCUAGCACUUGGUGAAGACCUGAGCCACGCGAGUCUGUGUGCUUUCUUCGGUACCUUAGCUAUCAGUGCUUUCAGUUUGGGCGGAAUGUCUCAAUCUGAAAAUUGGCUGGACCAAGGGCAGACAUAUCUCCAACGUGCUCACAGCCACGCAAGGUCAAUGCUUAUAACCGCCUAUGAUAUUCCAAAACCAGCAAAAUACAAGUCAAUAUUGAUGGCAAUCCUGACGAUGGUACAAGUGUCUAACUUUUCGGGAAACCGACACCAAGCAGAGGAAUAUUUCCUAGAAGCUGAGAAAUUCAUCCGCUUAAGAGGGUUGAAGCGAAAGAAAUCUCGCAAAGUCCGUCUUCUACAUCACUGUUAUGUCUUCGAGCGUAUGUUCCACGAGAGCAUCUUCGUAUGUGGUGCCAACUCAAUUCAGCGUCGUCAUGUCCGUCGAGCGAUUGAGUCCAGUGGUCUUUCUCGGUGUAGCGUCGAUGGUCUUUCUUUCCGUCUAUACAAAUGGCAAAAUCUACAACAGGAGAUGCUACGAGUACGAGAUCGGGAAGAAGGAGAGAAUGAUCUGCACCUUGAACGGCCAGGAUUAUUUUCAGCUACCCUUUACCCAGAGAUUUUCGGAGUUCCCGAGCCUUGGAUUCUGCUUCUUUCUCUAGUGAUACGACUUGCAGUCGAAAAGGAUGGUGCCGAGCAAGACCCGAACGGCAGCGGCCUGAAUCUAAGAGACUAUAUCAGUCGGGCGAAGGCGCUGGAGGAUUAUAUCAAUCAACUCCAACGACCGAGUGAAAUGGCCUUCUCUUCUACAACUCAGCAGUCCUCGAUUGAUCGGCAUAUUUUGGAGAACAUGCUUGAGGCGAUGCGACAUGCACUAGCCAUUUACUUUUACCGACGCAUCUAUAACCUAAGUGCGUCUAUGCUGCAAGAAAAGGUGGUUAAGGUUCGCGAUUGCCUGCUGCAGUGUCAGUGCGUUGAUUCAAGCGUUGUCCAUGGAUCCGCAAGCUUUAUAUGGCCUGCGUUCAUUGCGGCAUGUGAAGCGGAGGAUCCCGAGGUGCAGAAGUCUUUCGCUACCUGGUUUGAGACCUCAGCGAGGCGGAGUGGUCUUUCUUGUUUUAGUCAGACACUUGGUUCAGUUGAGGAAAUAUGGGAAGAGAAGUGUGUGACCUAUGGACAGAGUGUUACUUGGUUGGAUCUCAUGAGAAGAAUUGGUUCUCAGCAGCAGGAAAUAGUAUUUUGA